UCUAAAUCUUUAAAAGAGGUCAUUUCUGCCAUCCAGAAGCACAGAUCAGCUGAGAGCGAGGCACCAGAAGAAGGCCUAAGAGUUUCCAAAAGCGCUGGUUCAAAAAACAUAUUGCACCUCUCUACCAAAGAGAGGUUCACUCACCAGCUGUUUGUUCCUGUGCUAAGGAAAAGAGAGUGUGGAAAACCUGGAAGAAAUCAUCCUCUUCCUGAGCUGAGAUUUAUGCCAUCUGCAUCUGCCAUGAUCAUUUUCAACCUGAGCAGUUAUAAUCCAGGGCCCUUCAUUCUGGUAGGGAUCCCAGGCCUGGAGCAAUUCCACGUGUGGAUUGGAAUUUCCUUCUGUAUCAUCUAUAUUGUAGCUGUUGUGGGAAACUGCAUCCUUCUCUACCUCAUUGAGGUGGAGCAUACUCUUCAUGAACCCAUGUUCUUCUUUCUCUCCUUGCUGGCCAUGACUGACCUCACCUUGUCCACAGCUGGUGUGCCUAAAACACUCAGUAUUUGGCUGGGGGCUCGUGAAAUCACAUUCCCAGGAUGUCUUACACAAAUGUUCUUCCUUCACUACAGCUUUGUCCUGGAUUCAGCCAUUCUGAUGGCCAUGGCAUUUGAUCGCUAUGUAGCUAUCUGUUCUCCCUUGAGAUAUAUCACCAUCUUGACUCCCAAGACCAUCAUCAAGAUUGCUAUGGACAUCUCCUUUCGAAGUUUCUGCAUCAUCCUGCCAGAUGUAUUCUUGCUGACGCGCCUGCCUUUCUGCAGGACACGCAUGACACCCCACAUAUACUGUGAGCAUAUAGACGUUGUCUGGCUCACCUGUGCUGAUAUCUCCAUCAAUAUCUGGUAUGGCUUUUGUGUUCCCAUCAUGAUGGUCAUCUCAGAUCUGAUUCUCAUUGCUGUUUCCUAUGCCCUUAUCCUCUGUGCUGUCUUUCGCCUUCCCUCCCAAGAUGCCCGCCAGAAAGUCCUCAGCACUUGUGGUUCUCAUGUCUGUGUCAUCCUCACGUUUUAUAUGCCUGCCUUCUUCUCCAUCCUUGCCCACCACUUUGGACACAAUGUCUCUCGCACCUUCCACAUCAUGUUUGCCAAUCUCUACAUUGUUAUCCCACCUGCACUUGACCCCAUGGUUUACGGAGUGAAGACCAAGCAGAUCAGAGAUAAGGUUAUACUUUUGUUUUCUACUAAGGGUACAGGAUGAUGUUUUACUGGGCAAUGGAAUAACUAGGAUAAGCUUAUAGUGUACAGAAAUGUAGAAAGAGUGAAAUGACAAAUGCUAUUUAAAGCAAGAACUACCUAAAGUUGCUUUCAUGUGCCAAGAAUGUGGCAUGAUCUGUAUGAAAAUGAUGGUCUAUGUAUAAAAA